AUGUCACUCCAGAGCGCGGCAGACGUGCCGCUCCUCAUUAGCUCCCCAAAUUCGUCCUCGGAGCGCCGUAUUUCUCCGUCUUGGAGCAUUGCUCAACUCAAGGCACGCCUCGAGCCCAUCACCGGUGUCCCCGCAAGCAGUCAACAGUUGUCGCUGCGCGUUGGCUCUCAGGAUGCCGUCGCUCUCAUCGCUCCGGAUGAGGAACAGACGCGUCUUGCUGCCUUCCCGCUGCAACCGUAUGCGGAGAUAACCGUCGUUGACACACGUCCUCCCGCUGCACGAACUGACUUUACCGAUCUGUCGUCCGUUGAGAAGUACGAAAUGCCUGCUGCAGAGUACGAGCAUCGGACCGAUAGUGUUCUUGCAUGGAAGAAGGCGCAGAAACUGGGUCGUUUCGACCCAGAUGCUCCCAGUAUUGAGCAGCAGAAGAUCCGCGCUUCAGAGCGGGAAGUAGAAGAAAGAGGUCUUUCUCUAAACUGCCGCGUCCGCCUCCUGCCCGAAUCAGAUGCUCGUCGCGGGACGUUAUCCUAUAUUGGACUUGUGCCUGAGAUUCCCGGGAUUGGCGUAUGGAUCGGCGUUAGGCUUGACGAGCCGACUGGUAAGAACGAUGGGAGUGUCAAGGGUAAGCGAUACUUUGAGUGCGGUGCCAAUUGUGGUGUCUUUGUUAGGCCGGAGCGGUGUGAGGCUGGGGAUUUCCCUGCGCUCAAUGAGUUUGGGGAUGAUGAGGAUUUGGAGGAACUUUGA